AUGGGAAGGCCGCUCAUUGACAAGAUCGCCGGAGUAGUUUCCACCUACCACCUCGCCAUGACUUACACAACUAACGAAGGGCGAUCAACAAAGCUCAGGGGAAGCCAAAAAAAGGCUCAACAAUGCUACAUAACUUCUUUAAAGCAGCCCGCCAGGAUCAGGCAGCAGCCGAUCUCAAAACUAAGAUCCCUUGAGCAGCUUGAGAGAAAGUCAAGGAAAAGGAAGCGCGAAGAAUACCGUAGGGAAAAGGAUAAGCAAAAGUUAGCCAUGGAAAAUUUUGAGCCCGCAAAAAAGGAGAUGGCAAGGCCAUUUCCCAGCGGGGAGCACGUUACAGUUGAGCUCACCAAGGGCGACCCAUCGAGAACGGUGAAAAUCGGGAAGGAUAUUGAUCCAGUUGUAGGUGUGCACCUCAUAGAAUUGUUGAGGAAGAACAAAGAUAUCUUCGCGUUUUCAGCAGAUAAGAUGCCUGGAAUUGACCCCGCAAUCAUGGUCCACAGGCUGAACGUGAGGGGGGACAUUAAGCCAGUAAGGCAGAAGAAUCGAAGCUUCUCCACGGAGAAAAACCAGGCCAUCCAGGAGGAUGUAGAAAAGCUUUUGGAAGUGGGAUUCAUUAAACCUUGUGAUUAUCCAGAGUGGUUGGCAAAUGUAGUCAUGGUCAAGAAGGCGAAUGGAUACCAUCAGAUCAGCCUGCACAACCCGAAUAGACAAAAAACUGCAUUCAUCACUGAAGGGGGAGUGUACAAUUACAUAGCUAUGCCCUUUGGGUUGAAGAAUGCAGGAGCAACUUUUCAGAAGACAAUGUAA